AUGUCUCUGAAACUCAUCUCAUGCAAAUUACAGUGCUUGGCUCCAAGACUUGUGCUGUUUAGAAAGUUGAAGACAGGGAUGGCACAUAUUACGGAGGAGACCACAUCCAGAGAACCGUCCCCCGAGGUUGGGUCGUCAGAGGAUUCAAAGGAGAUACCAGUCAUACUAGAGCAUCCGUCUCAACACGAAGAGAAAGGAUGGCCAUUGGAGAGCGUUGUUGCAUUUGUUGCAGCGGUUUGCCUUGCUCACUUCCUCAUUGUCACUGGCGGAUGGACGAACAAGGUGGUAGGAUGGUUGGAAGGGCUUGGGAUCCGGCAAGGCUAA